CGAAAUUGUAAGCAUGCUUGGCUUUCGGUUUCUUUUUAAAAACUUGAUUUUUAUCUAGCUGUAAUUAACUACAUAUGAAAUAAAACUGGCUUCUUGUGUCAAGAAUGAGACCCUUGGAUUUCACCCAUCAGAGGAUGUGGAGGCUGCAACCAUGACGAGUUGCUCUACAGCAAACAGUCCUAAUCCUGACAUGCCUGAGGUACCUGAAAUCAGAGUGUGUGUGGAGAGUGUAUUUGAUGAAGGACUGGUGGUGUGUUACACUGACCCAACUGGACUGGAGUACAGAGGGGCACUACUCGCCUUUACACCAACUCACCAAAGAUGGCUUAGUGUUGUGAAACCUACUUCUCGUGAGCUGGCCAACCCACUGUCCUAUUUCCACGAUCAUCCCUACUGUAAUGACAACGCAUAUGCAAAACAUGUCGUCUCUAAGAUCCCAUCUGAUAUUCUACUGAACUGGAGCACCCUCCCAUCAUUACUCGCUAACUCUGAAACAAAUAACUUGGAGGAGAUAGCAACACGGCGAACUCUGGCCGAGGUGCCUCUAUCCAGUAAGAAUGACGAUAUGCAAUUGUCCAUGCCACAAAUUAGAAGUGCUACUGUUUUAACUGACCCAGUUAAAGAACCAAGACACAGACAGCGAAUGUAUUGUCCAUCUGUUACGGGACUAACUGCCAAGAAGAUUGCCAACUCAAAAAUUUGUGAAGUUCUCAGUGACAAUGAAAGUUCAUAUCAUGGAAAGAGUCACAAAAAGAAUCAUAAAAAGCGCAAGUCCAUCGUGCCUAAAGUGAAGAGAAGACAACAAUCCUCUUCCCCCUGUGUCGUUGACUCACCCAGGCCAAGACCAAACAUUAACUUGAAGAAUGUUUCUGUACCCCUCACAAGACAUGGGUAUCACUCAUAUCCUCACCCACACACACAACUCGGCCUGGGAACGAGACUAACGGUACAGUUGAUUGAUGCUCCUUCUCUCUCUGUAGAACCAUGGGAUGCCUUUAUGGCUAAGCCUGAGUUGCUUGAUCAAGUGGCUACCCCUCACACCCUCACACCAGUCACACCCUCUCAGACCACACCCACCACGAACAUCGGCAAGCAUGAGAGGGCAGAGGACAAGGAACACUCAAAAAGAAAAAAGAAAAAGAGAAAAAUGAAAAAAUUGGAUGAUGUCAUAGCAACCACGCAGCCUCCCGUUGUCUUGGUUACUGGAAUCAGCCCGUCAGUCGCCAAAAAACUUAAAAAAGUGAUUUCUCAGUUGAAAUUAUGACCUCCUGAAAGCAACUUGCCAAACUGCUCGUUUGCAUACAUUUAUACAUAAGGCUAAACCCAUGGUCCUUUGUCGAAUUAAUCUCUCAUGACAUGUAUCUCCCCCCACACACACACACACACACACACACUCACACACACACACACUCACACCCACUCACACACCCACACCCACUCACACACACCCACACACACUCACACCCACGCCCACACAGUCUGUGG